AAAACAAUCUUAUACAUUUAAAAAAUAAAAAUUGGUAGGCGAGUGACGUCUUUGAAGCCCGCCCUCUCUGAGCUUCUUUGAGUUCAUUCAUUCCACAAGCAUUCAAGCUUUAGGGUUUUCAUAGUUCUCUCUCUAAAAUUCAAUUAGUGCUUUGGGUAAUUCAGGCUUCAACUAAACAUGGACGGCGAGGAAUUGACUGAACAAGAAACCGCGCUUUAUGAUCGCCAAAUUCGCGUUUGGGGCGCCGAUGCUCAACGGAGGCUAAGCAAGUCCCACAUACUCGUUAGUGGACUGAAGGGCUCUGUAGUUGAGUUUUGCAAGAAUAUUGUGCUUGCCGGGGUAGGUAGUGUGACAUUGAACGAUGAUCGAGUGGUGACGGAGGAAUUAUUAUCUGCUAAUUUUUUGGUUCCUUCUGACCCAAAUGUAUACACGGGGAAAUCGCUUGCUGAGCUCUGUAGUGAUUCCUUGAAGGACUUUAACCCCAUGGUUCGUGUAGAAGUUCAACAAGGUGAAUUAUCCAACUUUGGUGUAGAUUUCUUCCACAAGUUUGAUGCUGUGGUUAUCAGUUCCUGCUCUCUUUCUACAAAAAGAUCAGUUAAUGAGAAGUGCCGCAAAUCGUUAAAACGUAUUGCAUUUUACACAGUGGAUUGCAGAGACUCGUGUGGGGAAAUAUUUGUUGACUUGCAGGAUUACAUCUACACCAAGAAAAAAGAGGAUGAAGCCAUUGAAUGCCAUAUAGAAUAUCCAACUUUAGAGGAAGCUAUUUCUGCCCCGUGGAAAUCUCUUCCGAGGAGGGUUUCUAAGUUAUACUUAGCCCUGAGAGUGAUAGAGAAGUUUGAGGAGCUUGAAGGCCGAAGUCCUAGGGAAACUUCUGCUGCAGACUUGCCUAAGGUUCAAAGGCUGAGGAAGGAACUUUGUGAUGCUCAGUCACAUGAUGAAUCUCAAAUUCCGGAUGCUCUGCUUGAGAGAUUAUUGAAAGGCAGAACUGAAUUUCCGCCUGUUUGUGCCAUCAUCGGAGGCAUCCUUGGACAAGAAGUUAUCAAAGCAAUAUCAGGCAAAGGUGAUCCUCUUAAAAACUUCUUCUUCUAUGACGCAAUGGAUGGCAAGGGCAUAAUAGAAGACAUCUGUAAACCAUAGCCCUAAGUGAAGACGGUGAUCUUCGUCCAAGUUUCAUCCAACGACUAUUAGGAUAACUGAAUUGAUCUUAGGAUGAUCUAGCUAAUAGUUUAUUGUUCCAUGUGUUUUUUGGCUGCUGCUAUGUGAUUGCCUAAUUUAUGUAGUUUGAACUUUAUGUUAACGCCAAUUGGAGAUAUAAUUUACUUGAUUCAUAAACAA